UGGAGGUCAACAUUCCACAACGGCUGGCACUUGAGUCGUGACGCAUUGUUAUCUCGUCUAAUAGGUUGAAAGUCUAAGUGAUAGUCCAGACAACAUUAAAAAACGAAUAUAUUUUUAAAAACAGAAUUCCGGUUGACGUACAAACAAGGGCGUGAUUUAAGCACAAAAUGAACCUAUAAAAGUGUGUUCAACGUCAUUAAAAAUAGUUGAGAUUUAGCGUCAAGACAAGGCAAUUAUGGUUAAGUUUACACAAUACGACCUGCGAAUUGUUUGUGUCAGUAAUUAAUAAAGAAUUAGUGGAACAACACAAUUCAACAACUCCUACUAAAUAGGGUGAGUACUUCGGCUUUUUUUUUUUUAUUUGCAAUGAUCGCUGCUUGUGGGACUUGUUUAUUAUGCACGCUGUCACGGGUUUUAAUUAGGUUAACAGAUGUUUGCCUUCGAGGCCGAUAAUUCAAGGGGGUUUUUUAUAGUCAACGUUAAUAAAAACACGAUUUAUUUUAAUAUCAAUCAUAAACCAUGAUGUAUUAGAUCAAUAAAUCUGGAUCUACAUUAAGUAUUAUGAACUACUACUCAAGCAAAUUGGUAGAUCUUAUAAUAUUUUUAUUUUUUAUCAAUUUAAAUAUAAUCUAUGUUAUGUAAUACAGAAUGAAAUUUCUAAAUAGAUUAACACGUAUAUAUAUAUAUAUAUUUUUUUUUAAUUUCAAUGAAGUCAUUGUUGUUUCGAUGAGAUUUUACUUUGUCACAUAAAGAAACAUAUUUGUAUCCAGGAGACUUGCACGUAUAUCAAUUUAUAAAAUAAUUUUCUAUAUACGUUUGUUAAUGAAGAAUUUGUUGUGUAAGUUUGAUCUUUUUUAACAAAUAAUUGAAUUGAAAAAACGUUAUUAUUAAUUUAUUACUGAUAUACAUAAUUGAAUCCAACAAAAUUUGAGCUUACUGGGACCAAAAAAAUUGAUAUGAAUUUUAAAAAAAAAAAAAUACACAACGAAAAAUAUUCUAUUUGUAACUGUUUAUUUAUGUUUAAAUUGCUGCUAAGAAUAUAAACGUGCAAUUAUUACUAUAAUUUAAUUUUUGAAAAUCAAUACACAUGAAAAGUUAGCAGUUUAAAAAAACAAAAUCCCAUUUGACAAGCUCUCUAAACGGUCAUAUGUUACAAGUAAUUUUAGAAAAACGUUUCCGUGUUUUCUUUCUGUCUUUUCCUUUCCAACAUAAUUCAAACAAUUUUUUUUUACAACAGGUUAUUUUUAAAGGAUUUUUGUAUUCAUUUUCUUUGCCGAAUCAAUGCUCGUAGAAAGUAAUUCAUAUAUUCAAAUGGACUUUUGCAUGACAAUAAAGAGGAACGAAGUACCGUGUUUCUCAAAGAAACGGGAAACACUUCUUUAAAGAGUGCAAACCUAACUUUGUUUUCCAGGGCAACAAAGUUAAUGAGCUAACGCGAGCCUGACCUCCCUGCCAAAGAAACCGUCUGUACUGCUCGUUCGUUCUCUGAGGAUUUCUGUGUCAUGGCGUACAGUUUCCAGCCAUUACUAUUUGCGUUUCCAUGUUGCGAGACGUGCGUUACUACUACAAGAAUGUAUCAGCAUGUUUACUUCUAAUCUCGCCUGUCUCUGCCAAACUUUUUCUGAUGUUCAAACUAUGGUCCGCGGGCUAGAAUUCGAUCUUCAGUGGUCCUUAACCCCCCCCCCCCCCCCCAUAGUGUCUCUGCACGAGCAGCAAUGUCGAAAAAUAUGAAACUUGAUAUUGAAUAAAAGCAUGCCCAUUUUGCUGUCACGUGCUAACAGCUUAUUUAUUGACAAAGUUGUUCUACAAUUUUUUGUUGGUUUUUUUCAUUACAAAUAAUUUGUAUGCAGUGCAAUAAUGCAGAGCCAUGUUUAGGAUUUGGGGGGCCCUAGGCAUCGAGCGUAUGUAUGAAGGCCCUAGAAGGGGGGGACGUCUGGAGACAGAGUUCACCAGGAGCUGAGGGGAAAAAAGGCACCACCACUGCAACAGCUCCAGUCUGCCUUAGUCACUGUGUCCUAUUUGAUCGCAUGUAACAACUAUCCAUGUUGAUAAUUCCGCCACUAUAGAAAAUUUUUACUUCUGAAACGUAUCAGCUUGCAGGUGUAGGCUGAAAUAAAAAAACGCCUGGUGGGGCCCCUUGGCAGUGGGUCUCUAGGCGUUCGCCUCAGUUGACUAUGCCUAAGAACGGCUCUGGAUAAGGAAUUCGUUUCUAUACAUCUAUUUCGUGUUAAAAAUAAACGGUCCAAAGCAAUAGCUGAGUGACAAAAAAAAGAAAGCUUCUUGUCUGAGUUAAAAAAUAAUGAGACUGAACAAGUGGAAAGAGAAAUCCAUUCAUCAACGAAAAAGGUGUUGUAUGUGUGUGUGUGUGUGUGUGUGUGUGUGUGUGUGUGUGUGUGCGUGUUUAAUAAACUAAGCCUAUUGUUAAAUUAAUAAAUGGGCUAAGGUUCUAAAUUUGUAGUAGUCCUACUGAAAGAAUAAUUUUCAAUAAGCAUGAUUAUUAAAAUCAUGAUAAAAGUGUUUACAAUGCUCUUAAAUAAAUCAAAUAAUGAGUUUCUGGUUUUAAGAAACGCACUUAAAAAAUUCACAACCUGGUCAGAAAAUACCACUACAGCAUCAUUGAAAAAAAUUAGUAAAACAGAGUAGGGUUGAACCUGAAAAAAUACACGCAACAAAACAGUGAACGUGUCGGCAGAAAGCCUUCGUCAGCGAACAAAACAACAGAAAAAACGGUAUAAAAAUAAGAAAUAGCACUUAGCACGAAAGUAGUAUCUGUGGGCAGCAAUAGAAGUGUGCUGCCCACAGAUACUACUUUCCAACUAAGUGCUAUUUCUUAUUUUUCUAAAUUAGUUAAAAAAUCAGAUACAAGAAAGCACAUCUGUUGGAUAACAUAAACAAUAAAGACUCGCCUAUAAAAAUGGGAAACAUAAAAAAAAUACAAACCACCACAUAGCCGGUGUUGUUUAAUGUUAAACACAAGAGGAGUUCAGUCAUAUCUUAGCACUGAGUUCAUACGCCUCCGAAGCCAGCAAAUGCAAGACUGGGAAGAUUUGCUUAGCGUUGAACAGGAGACGAGUAAAUGAAGGGAAUCUGUUGGCUCCUACCCUGGCAUCGAGUACAGUCUACGUUAGAGUUGACUUAAACUGUAUUGAAAUGUGCCACGAUUAAUCCGAGGAACUGUGUGUUCUCACCUGGCAUGUUUGUCGGUCUGACGACGAUUUACUUUUUUUUUCGCAACGGUUCUCACAAUAUUUGUCUCGCAAUGUUUUUGAAUUGAUUUUUUUUUGGGUUUUUUUUUUUGAGUAUUUGUGGAAAAAAAUCUGAUAAAUUUCAAUGAUUUUUUAAAUUAAUCUAUUAUUAUUUCAGUAUAAAUUAAACCCUUAAACGCGUCAUAGAUUAUUCAGUCAGGGGUAUAUUUUUAAAAAAAAAUAUUUUGAUGUAUCUUAUUUAAUUCAUUCAAUUCUUAUAUUUAUUUUUUAUUACUUAAAACAAAAUUCAUUGAUUGCAUUCUAAACAGAAUACAAAAAUGUUUAUUUAAAAAAGAAGACGACAAAAAAAGCAAUGGAAGCCUUUAAUAGAUAUGUUAUGUACAGUUUCCUUAUCAUCAGUAAUAGCCGUAGAAAAAACAUUUACUGGUAAAAUGUCGGAGCUCUGGUCAUACUUGGAUGUACACAUUUCAGAAACAUUGCAAACAACUGUACAUCGUUGAACUGUUUCUAAAAUACAAUAAACCUUUCACAUGGUAAUACAUCAGAAAAGCAUCACACACACACACACACACACACACACACACACACACACAUUCUUCGCUUUCCUCAUUGUUCACUGUCCACAAUGGCGGGUAUAAUUAAGCGCUAAUUUCUUAAAGUGAGAUUGACAUUUUAGUUGGUCUGCGUUAGGUCACCAAGUUAAUGCAACAUUUGAAGGAAAGUUAACAAAAUCAUACAUUUAACAGAGGUACUUUUCCCUUUUUUUACAUUGCAUGGAUAUCAAUAUGCAUGUAAGUGUCUUAUUUAACUUUGCUGAACUUAUCUUUUUUCUGUUUUUUGUUUGGUAUUUAAAGGUAAAUUUAUGUUUUUAUUUAACUUUUUUAACGUCCUUUCUUUUGAUUCAUUAUGACUACAAUAAUUAAAACUAUUACCUAACGUCUUGUGAUUAAGUUUAUUAGUUUCAAUACGUUUUGUAUGGACUAGUAAGCAAGUUGUUUCAUUAGCAUAUCAUUUACAUUUUUGUUUCUGAAUAUUUUAUUUUAUAUUACAGAAAACCGUGUUUUCCAAGUUACAACAGUACACUCCGAGACCAUAAGGUAAAAAUAUAGAACAUUUAAUCUGCUGGAUCUUGCCAAGAUGAUUGUGAUUUACAAAUCAAGAACACACAUGUCCAAGAUAGUCAAUUAUGUUUUUUUGGUAGCGAUGCUUUUCGCAUUUCUCUUAAUUGCAGUGUCUUCCUCAAAUGCAUCAGUCGCCCACAACAUCAACAUAAAAAACGUUCGACGCCAGGCUAUUGAUACAACGGCUACAACAGAACGUAGAGACAAAUUUAACGGUCAUCAUGCAAGAGAUGGAGUCAAUUUAGGAAAAGAAAAUGCUAUUGAAAGAUCAACAGUUGAUCAACAGAAUGUAUCCUACAACUUGUUUCAGAAAAUUCAUGCUAUCAAACGCCAGGAAAAUGUGUUCAGACACAAACUGCAGUUGACGAGACAUAAGACAAGCGCUAUACGAAGACAUAGGCGGCGCCUUUUUAUGCAACGCCCCGAAAUCUCGGAGAUCAAAGAAAUGAAGAAAAAAAACAAACAAGGAAGUCUUUUAUCAAAACCGCCUGGGCGUAGGCGAAACAAACUAAACAGAAACAAGAGGGCAGCAACGGCCGACAAGUCCAGGCUCUGGGAACAUGCGACGAUCCCGUACGUAAUCAAGCCACGAUUCUCGAGAAAUGACAAAAUGAAAAUUAUGAACGCCAUGCGCAUCUGGGAAAACGCGACGUGUGUAACUUUCAAAGAAAAAGAAUUGGCUGAUAAGGACUAUAUCGUGUUCACUGUCGAACCAUGCGGCUGUUGUUCGCCCGUCGGAAGACAAGGGACUGGUGCGCAAACAAUUUCCCUGCACAAACAAUGCAGAGACACGAUUAACAUUCUGCAUGAACUAGGCCACGCGAUUGGAUUUCAUCACGAGCACUCGAGGCCCGAUAGGGAUCAAUAUGUGGAUGUUAUUCUAGAAAACAUCAUUGAGAACAAAAAAUACAAUUUCAAUAAGCUGAAACCAGAAGAAGUGUUUUCGUUCGGGGAAGAGUAUGACUUCGACAGCAUCAUGCACUACAACCUAGACGCUGGGGCCCGAAACGCAAACCAGGAAACAAUAGUCCCCAAGCGUCUUCCUACGUCAGUCAUGAAAACCAACAUAGGACAACGUGCUCUUCUUAGUCGAGGAGACAUUCGACAAACGAACAAGCUCUACAAGUGUGCGUCGUGUGGGCGGACGUUCCAAGAAGAUAGUGCGACCUUCAGUCACAAGCCAACUGCUGGCAAAUCAGAAACGUGUCACUGGCGUAUACAAGCGGCCUACGGGCAGAAGAUCGUGCUCAAUAUCACAAAGCUCGGAAUUCCGAGAUCGGCAGACUGCGUCAACGGUCACCUGGAGGUGAGAGACGGCCCCAACUCUGGGUCACCUCGAAUCGGUCGUUUUUGUGGAGAGGAUUACCCCGGUGUGUUGUAUUCCUCGGGACAAAGAAUGUGGCUUGAAUAUAAAACAUUGCGCGGAGACGGCCUUGGAUUUACUGCACAUUACGUUACAGAAUGUGGAGGUGGAAUAAACAGACGGAAAGGUGUCAUCGCUAGCCCGACCUAUGAUGAUAAAUACCUUCCUAAUCGUAAUUGCUCGUGGAAUAUCACAGUAGACCCGGGGAAUUCAAUAGAUCUGACUUUUGAGUUUUUUGAUUUGCAGUAUGAUACCAACUGCGAGAAAGAUUACCUCGAAAUCAGAGAAGGAUCAAACGAAACGGAUUCUUUGCUUGGCAAAUAUUGUGGGGAUUUUUUGCAUCCAAAAAGCAUUCGAUCAACAGGCAAUCAAGUAUUUAUUAAAUUUGUAAGUAAUUCGGCAAUUCAAAGCAGAGGAUUUUUCAUUUCAUUUGUUCAAGAUAUCGACGAAUGUAACAAUGAUAUACACAAAUGUGACCAGGUGUGCAUCAACACCCUCGGGGGUUACAAAUGUGAUUGUUACUUUGGGUUCAAACUGAAAUCUGAUGGUACAAGCUGUGAGAAGGGUUGCGGUGGUGUGAUUAACACACCCAACGGGACGAUCUCAUCGCCUUCAUUUCCCGACAUGUAUCCCGCGGAUACGACUUGCACGUGGACCAUUGUCGCUCCAAAAAAUCAUUCAAUUGUGCUUACGUUUACACACUUUGACCUGGAAGAGGGGACAAGUAAAUGCCUUUUCGAUUUCGUAAUGGUGUAUCGAGGGGGAGGUGCGAAAAAAUAUAAAAAUACCAAGCACUGUGGAGCUUCGAUACCCAUGCCAAUAACAUCAAAGGGUAACACGAUGAAAAUUGAGUUCAAGUCUGAUAUAGGCGAUCAGAAAUCGGGGUUCUCCGCGUUUUUUGUCUCCAAUAUCAGUGAAUGUGCGCAAACAUGCAGUCAACUAGAUAUGACGCCUACUACGUAUAAAAUGUGUCAGAAGUAUUUUUGUUUCUAGUUAUAGACACACGCCCAAGGCCCAACACGUAGUUCAUUAUAAACAGAUCACUUUACUUAAUACAAUAUUUUUAUUGAUACAAACAGAAUUACGCAUGAAAGAGUUAGAAAUUAUGUUAAUUUUUUAAUGUCAAUAAUAUGUUGUUGUAGAAUAAUGGUUAGACACAUUUUUCUUGUAGUCCUUUAACAGUCUUUAGCUCUUAUUGCGUUUUGAUUUCUUGUGAAACCAAUUAAAAUGGUUUGCUUCAGUCUUCCAAUAUCAAUUAAAAGUGUAUUGUAUAGUCAGCUUUCCCGUGUUGAAGAACUGGUUAAAGUUUCUAUUAAGAAUGGCAAAGUGACAUGAAUAGCAUUGAAGCUAGAAAACAUUUCCUAGACCAACAUUUUUCUUCUGAUCUAUAAUAUGCCUUGAAUCCCUGUAUGGGAAAAGCAAAGUGUAGCACAUUGGGUAACUGAGUCUACCUAUGAUGGAUAUGUAUGUAUGUAUGUAUGUAUGGCAUCUUUCCGUCUGCGGGAGACGAUAGAUUAUCUUUAUUGCUUGCAGCUCUUGGUGUGACUGGUGAGACCAAUCCUCGAACGGCAGUCUCUGUUACAUUUCCCACUCACGAAUGCGGUGGAGCAGUAUUUACCGGCCUUCCUUCCUCCUCGCUCUUUUUUCAGCUGUUUCCUCCCUGUUUUGAUCCUCGGCAUGUAGUGAUCCUGCUUUCACUAUAUCCCGCCAUGAGGAUCGAUCCUCUGCAAGCUCCUCGCAGUUUGAGAUGUCGAUGUUGGCCGACUUCAUGUCUCUUUUGCAUAUGUCUAAGUAUCUCAGACACCGCGUCCAACUGACUUUUUCCCUGUCGCCAACUCGCAGUAUAGCACAUCCUUUGGUAUGCGACCAGAUUGCAUUCGCAUGUCCAAGCCAGCGGAGGCGUCUUUGGAUUAACAUGGCUGGGACGCUACAUAUGUUUGUUUGGGACAGUACUUCCGUGUUAGGGACUUUGUCUUGAUGGAUAUAUCUUUGUGAAAUUCAUCUUUUAAAAAAAAAAAAAAAAAGAAUUGUAAUGUUCGAAAUUUCUGUGGGUGAACCAACUGCACUGUGAAUACGUCAGCAAUUUCUCGUUUCUCAGUGGAACGUUGGUUCUGCUGGGAUGCACACACUUUACUCUUUAUUUAUACAGCUGUAUUAAAAAUCCGCAUUGCGACGUGCGUUACGUUGGAGGUCAACAUUGCACAACGGUUUGCAUUUGAGUCGUGACUAAUCUUUAAAUCGUCUAAUAGGUUGAAAGUCUAAGUGAUAGUCUAGACGACAUUAAAAAAUAAAUAUUUUAAAAAAAAAUUAUGUCGGUUGUCGAACAAACAAGGUAUGAUUUAAGCACGAAAUAAACAUAUAAAAGUGUGUUCAAAGUCGUUAAACAAAUAGUUGAGAUUUAACGUCAAGACAAGGCAAAUAUGGUUAAGUUUACACAAUACUACCUGCGAAUUGUUUGUGUCAGUAAUUAAUAAAGAAUUAGGGAACAACACAAGUAAACAACUCCUACUAAAUAAAGUGAGUACUUCGGCUUUUUUUUUUAUUUGCAAUUAUCGCUGCUUGUGGGACUGGUUUAUUAUGCAUGCUGUCACGGUUUUAAUUAGGUUAUUUUUUAAUUUUUUUUUGCCUUUGAGGCCGAUAAUUCAAGGGGGUUUUUAAUAGUCAACGUUAAUAAAACACGAUUUUUUUAAAUAUCAAUCAUAAACCAUAAACCUUAAAUCUGGAUCUACAGAAAGUAUUAUUAACUACUAACAAAGCAAAUUGAUAGAUUGUAUAAUAUUUUUAUUUUUCAUUGAUUUAAAUAUGAAUUAUGUUAUGAAAUACAGAACGG